AUGACAGAGUCUCAACUACAAGUAAAUAGCCGUGUGAAGCUCAAUAAAAUUCACUCAACUCCUAAGAAGGGAUACAAGUUAGGUACUGCUUCUGCUACAUGGAAGAAGAUCAAACUGGCCGCGUAUAAUGGCGAUAGUUUAGAUCCUACCAUUGAAAAUGGUGGCGAGAUUGCAGAUACAAUAAUCGAAACUGGUCCUGAUGGCGAGAUACUCAUAUUAUAUCCUAAAUCUUUUACCAUCGAAGAAUGGAGAUUUGCAGACAAGACGCAUCUUGGAGUGGAUAAAUCUGAUUCAGCUCAACCACUUGACAGUGAUAUUGUUUAUUUAAUUAGUCAACAAAAGGUAGAAAUGGAUGAGGAAUUGGAAGCAAUUGUUGGAUUUUCUAUAAUUAGAAAGCCUAAACCAGAUGAAUAUCACCUUUUGAUUCAUUACAAAAAAUUUAAUGGAGAACAUGUAUUUGAAUUACAAACAUUAUCACCAACUAGUCUUGUUUUCAAUUUUGUUUUCAACUUGCCUGAGUUCAUGGUUAUAGAAAAGAAAAAAAGGGAUGGGGAAGUUGGGUUCCGUCCAAUUUCUUUCAAAGUUAAAUCAAAUGGUGAUUUUACGGUGAUUUCUAAUAGUGAAGGUUAUAUUUGGUCAGCAAGGUACGAUGGGACUUCAUAUUUCUAUAAUAAUUCCAAAUAUGUCCCAUAUCUUUAUAAGGAAUUUUGUCAGCCACUUCUUAAAGAACAAAUGAGAGAUGAAGAUAUGUUUAUUUUGAAAACCAGUUGUUUUAACAACACGCCAAUAUUUGAUAUUGUUGGAGAUUGGUUAGUAUAUUCACCCACCAAGCAAGAAUUUCAACAUAUGAAGGCUGUUGUGGAUUGUAAUGGCAAACCCCAAGUUCCUAAAAGAGAUGAGCUUUUAGGGGAUUCUUUAGAAGGAUAUGAUGAAGAACCUUCUAAAGGGAAGAAAGAUAAAGAUAAGAAGAAGAAUAAGACUUCAUUUUUAACUCCUGCAAAGUUACCACCACCUGGUCCAUUACUUAACCGGGUAAUAUCUUCACUUUCUAACACUGCCAUUGAUGGGAUAUUGAAAUUAUCUGAAGUAAGUACUAAUAAGGUAAAAUCAUAUUUGAAUAACAAUGGGGAACAUACAAAUGAAGAUAAGAAGAAUAUGGUUAAGUCAUUGAAUAAAUUGGGGAAGUCAAUUACCAAGUCGUUAUAUAACACUGCAUCUUCUACUGCUUCAACGAUCACAUCAAGACCAGAAGAUAAUCAACUCAUUAAAAUUGUUGAUUUGAGAAAUGAUAAGGUAUUGGCAGUCUUUAGACCCCCUGGAGGGGUUUCCAAUCUAUCAUUAUCACCAUAUGAUCUUCAGCUUGUUCAUUCAAAUAUCAGAGGGGAUUCAUUUUUUAUGUGGGACUUGUAUAAAUUACCACUUGAAGUUUCACUUAUUGGGAAAUUCACUAGAGGUAAGACUUCUGCAACUAUUCGGGAUAUAUUUUGGUUUAUAAAUAACAAUUAUAGUCUGAAUAGUGGUAAUGAUGUUACCCAAACCUCGACAGUUGAUAAUAUUAGCGGAAAUAACUAUGGAUUUGGAUGUGUUACUAAAUCAACUGGAUCCGUUCAUUGGUUCAAUAUCAAUUAUCUCUCAGGAAGUUUAAACAGUAACUAUCCUAACAUUUUAGGUAAGGAAAAGAAGAAAAGCAAUGGAAUGUCACAAUCUUUUGGAAAUGGAGAAUUUUCAGAUGCAUGGAUUCUAUCAUCAAUGGAUACAGUGAAACUAUUGGCGUUACCAGAUAUUAAAAGCAACUCAAUAAACCAAUUGGCAAUCCUAGACAAAAAGAAUCAAAUUAGGCUAAUCUCUCCAUUGAACGGUAAGACUACGUUUAAGUACAUCCUUCCAUAUACUCCAGUCGGUGAAAAAUUUGUUCCAACUAGAAAUAUAAAUGAGGAUAAUGAACGAAAGAGUGAAUUUAACAAUUCAACUUCACAAAUCAAUCCAUUAUCACGUACAGAAAUUGAAACUUGUGGACCAUAUCCUAAUCUUUACAACAAUAAAAAUAUUGAAUUCUCAACUUAUACAAGUUAUGAAAAUAGUGACUUGGACAACUUUUUGAAGAUUUAUGAAAACUUUGGACAAGGUAUCGCUAAUGAAACUUUAAAAUUUGACAGGAAGGAAUCAACUGAAAAUAUACCCGAAUUCCAACACAAAGGUCUAGAUCUCGAUCAAGAUGUUGAGACAUCUAGCGAAACACUUGCAACUGAAAUAUAG